AUGACAGGAUUCGUAGCGUGGGGUUUCGACAUCCCUUCCAAUCUUCUGCCACCGGCUGCCAAAGCAGAAGAGCACAAGAAGGCGCCGGCGCCGGCGCCGGCCACGGCCAAGAGCCCCAAGAGCCCCAAGCAGCAUACGCAAAACAGCUUCCAUAUACCAAGAUGGUUGUCUAUCUUCGCCAAAAUUAUUCUCGCCCUCGUAGUGGCAGGUCUCUGCAUCACGGGAAUCGUAUUUUUAACGGACUUCUUCGAGGCGCAAAUGGGGCAUGGAGGGUUUCUACCUCGUGCACUUGACCAGGUCGAUGGAGCUGGCGCUGGCCAUGGCUUCGGAGUCUAUGAUUCUGCCGGCAACAAUCAGCAUGGCGCCGUCCAGCCGGAAGAAUGGUGUAACAAUCACCCUGGUGAUUGUCAUUGGGUCAACUCGCAGGUACGUGGCCUGUCACAUUUUGGGUUUGCGUCAAGAGAGGUCGUUGCUGACUGGCCUGCCUGCUCUCAAGGCUAG